UUUGUUUUCUCUCUCCAUCACAAUAACCAAAUAGAUUAACAAAUUAAAAUUGCAUUUCUGAAUCAAAACAUCAAUGAAAACUCAUUCAAUUAUUUUCACCCCAAACCAAAAACAAAAUUCACAACACAUGCAUCCACAACUACAUCUCAAUGCCCUAGUAAUUAAAUAUCAAUUAACCUCAAAUACCAAUUAAACAAUCACUGAUUAAUUAUGAUGGAAUCAGAACUUCAAAACCUCAUCAUCAAAUUAUCAUCAACAACAUCUUCAAGAAGUAAUUGUCCUUCGCCGCAAGAUCAAGAAGCGGUAUUCGAUGAAUAUGAGCAUAGGUACACAAGUUUGAAAGAUAUAAUUCUUGAUUCACCUCCAAGUAAUCUUGCAUUAAGCUAUGAUCAAUCAUAUUAUCAUGAAUUUGAUCCUUCAAAUAUUAUGAUCAGAAAUCAAUUAGUGAAGCAUGCCGCCUCCGUUUACGUUCAAUCCGCUACGAUACUCGUUAAUAGAAAUCAAAAUUGGGUUUCAAGAUUUUGGGAGCAAGUGAAAAUUAGGGUUUCAUCAUUUUCUUGUUGGAAUUGCUAUUAUUUUUGUGACCCCUUAAGAGCAUGCUUUUUGGCUAUAUAUUAUUCCGUUGGUGGUGCUUUGAAUAGGAUGAUGAUUAUUAGAGAAUAAUUGAUGAUGAUUAGUAGUACUGUAAUUUAUAUAUUUUUAAUUAUUACUUUUGUGUUUAAUUUCCUCAUUGC